UGACAUAUCCCAAUGUUUAUUGUUUAAUCGUGUUUUGAUUUUUGAUGUUUCCAUUUUAAAGUAAAAAGAAAUAUUAUUAGCUUCGUGUAAUUUUAAAUUUUGAUGAUAAUUUUCAUUAGCAAUCGUCAUAAACCUUGAUAAUCGUAUCACUUUAGCAAAUGUUAUCGUAUUAGCUAAAAAAAACAGUGUACUUACAUUUGAAUUGAAAUAACACUUAACUAUGAAAGUCUUCGUCGACUGCAAAACGGAAACGGAAGGCGGAGUUCCAGAAUGGGCGAUAAUUGAACUCCAAGGUCUGAUUCAAAUGAAGAAAGAGGACCAGAGCGGACCAACAGUGGUGGGAGACCUGCACUACUUCAGCAGGAACCGGCACCCGGUCCUCAUCCUGGGCCACCAUGUACUCAACGGCAAAGAAGUCAAACUGGAACAACCAAUGGCCGUCAUAGAGAAGGAUGACACAACCUCCUACAAAGUGAAGGCUAUAGUCAAAAAGAAACUCCUGUUCAAGUCUAGACCUAAACCUAUAAUCUCUAAUGUCAGUGAAAAGGUGUAAAUAUUCAAUAAAUUGUUCUUUUUAAUGUG